GGGCUGCUUUUUGCUGGCCGGGCUGGGUUGGCUGCCAGCUGGGUGAAUAUCGUGAACAGUCGCCGCGUUGGGUUGGUUUUACCCUCCUGCACGUACGAUAACAACUGGAUGUAGGUCUCGCUCGAUAGUUUGAGUCAUUGCGGUGGAAUCAGACGACGACAGAUGAAAUGAGGAACUACCAAAUGAGCAAGGCAGGAUGCAACAAACCGCAGAGCAGAAUGCCAAGUGGAACAAAAGAGACUGCUUCUUCUGAUUCCUGCCCGACUCUCUGUGGACUCAACUAACUAGCAGCUAAACCGGCUAACGUUAGCAGACUUAACGCUAGCUAACCCACUUUACGGGUAUAACUAGCUUUUGAAAAAACGAACUGUUUUUAAGUGAUUUUUAAAUGGACCUCUGUGCUCAGGAGUUUACAACUAAAAUUACAGCAGAGUCCCAACUGGCUUCACAACACCAGGGAUAAUUAAGUUGACAGAAGCUACAGGCAGACUGUAUGAAGUGGAUUUCUCUGCCUGUUUACACUUAAAGCAUCCCCUCUCGCCUGUCCGCUGAGUGGAACUCAUUGAUAUUUACUCGCCAUGGCGGCGGUGGUUAGCUACACUCCACCAUGGUGGGUGAACCUGCUGCACAAACUUCCACACUUCAACUUGAGGUUCGAGCAAACGAGCAGUGACUUCAGACCAGAAGACUGGACGUAUCAACAGUCCAUCCUGUUGCUGGGAGGUGUGGCGCUUGCCUGUCUGGCUCUGGACCUCCUCUUCCUGCUCUUCUAUUCAAUUUGGCUGUGCUGCCGGCAGAAGAAAAACGAGGAGCAGCCCAACGCUGACUGUUGCUGCACAGCUUGGUGUGUCAUUAUUGCAACCCUUGUCUGUAGUGCUGGCAUUGCUGUCGGUUUCUAUGGGAACGGCGAGACUUGUGAUGGAGUGAAUCGAAUGACGUAUUCUCUCCGCCAUGCUAACCGCACAAUCACUGGAGUGCAGAAGCUGGUAUAUGACAGUUCUUCCUCACUGAACCAGACAGUUGAUGACAAUCUGCAACAGCUUGAGGGCCAGUAUGCUCAGCAUGCAGACUACCUGUCCAUCAUCCAAAAGCUGCAGGGCCAGCUGGAUGAGCUGGUCAGACAGAUGGUGGAGAUUCCCUUCUGGGAAAACUCUAACAUCUCCCUGGACGAGUUUGCUGGCAAGAUUGAACUUUAUGACUGGUACAGGUGGCUGGGCUACAUAUCCCUGCUUCUGUUCGAUGUCCUCAUCUGCCUUCUGGUGCUGUUUGGCCUCAUUCGCAACUCCAAGGGAACGCUCAUAGGGGUGUGCCUGUUUGGUGUUGUGGCUCUGGUAAUCAGCUGGGUCUCCCUGGGGCUGGAGUUAGCGGUCUCUGCUACCACCAGUGACUUUUGUGUUGCUCCUGAUACAUAUGUCAUUGAAGUGACAGACAGAUAUCAAGUCAUCAAUCAAGAAAUCCUGCAGUAUUAUCUUAGUUGCAGUUUGGAACAAACCAACCCCUUCCAGCAGAGGCUUUCUGGGAGCCACAAAGCAUUAGUGGAAAUGCAGGAUGAUGUCUCUGAACUGCUGCGAUCUGCCACCAGAGAGUAUAAACAAACCAAGGGAAGUUUGGAAGAGAUCCAGGGAAUACUGAACACCACAGAGAUCAGCCUCCAUCAGCUCACUGCAUUGGUGGACUGUCGCAGCCUGCACAUGGACUACGUCCAGGCAAUGACAGGACUUUGUUAUGAUGGACUGGAGGGUCUCAUCUACCUCGUGCUCUUCUCCUUCGUCACCGCUCUCAUGUUCAGCUCGAUUGUGUGCAGUGUGCCCCACACCUGGCGUGGCAAACGGAGCGAGGAGGACAGUGAGGACGAGUCUCUGAGCCACGGAGGAAGGCAGAACCAAGAUAACCUGUACCGGGUCCACAUGCCCAGCCUGUACAGCUGUGGUAGCAGCUAUGGUAGCGAGACCUCCAUCCCUGCUGCAGCCCACACUGUCAGCAAUGCGCCUGUCACAGAGUACAUGGCUCAGAAUGCCAACUUCCCUAAUUCUCGCUGUGAAAACACACCUCUGAUAGGACGAGAGUCUCCUCCCCCUUCGUUGUAUUUGACUGCUGCGGACAGUAACAGCGGUCACUGCUGGCAGUUAAAGCCUUCGGAGAGUUCAAGAUCGUUUUGGUAACCUCAUCUGCUAUGCUAACAGUACACCUCCAGCAUGCGGGCAAAGUACCUCGCCAACAGCCGACCAGAUCCCAACAGCACUCCAGCGCAUUAGACACCACUGGACUCAUCCGGUCUGCAGCACUGACGUCUCUGAAGUCAUUCAGAAAAGCCACUCAUCAGUCUUCUCUUUUUUUUCCCCCCUCAUAAAUAUAUUUUCUUUCAGUCUUUUGCUUCUCACUGCCUGACUUGACUUAAAAUAUGAAACCAAAUGUGCUUUCGCUGGUUUGUUGAAGCAGAGCUUCGGGACAUCCAUCAAAUCUCAUCUCAUGAGCUGGGAGUACAGAAAGUACUUCUGCAUCUCCUCUGCUUAUGUUUACUACUGCACGAAUCAUCUUUGGUGCUGGGAAUUAACUCUGACAUGAUGGUGCCUGGACUGACUUUGAUUUUUUUUUUUUUUUUUUGGGGGGGGGUCUUUACACAUGAGUGCACCAUGACAUGUACCUGUCACAUCUAACAUGCAUUGCUGUGUCAAGGACUCUGGACGUGCUCAUUGACUAACGUUGAUUACUACUGGUUGUUUUGUUUUGUAAAGUACUGUACCAUACUUGGAGAGAAAUGCCUUGCACAUUCAUUCAGACCUGAUAAAUACACUUUUUUUUUUUUUUUUAAGUCUCACCUGAAGCAGAGAGAGAGCCUCUCACGUAACACACCCCGUGAAGCUGAAACUUUCUGCUGCCGUAUAGAUUACUUUUACAGAGGGGGGAAGAACUCUGUUUUCUCUGUUCCCCAGCACUCCUUUCAGCUUGUGGAACUUAAUAGUGUAAGUUAUUGUUGUUUGUUGUAUAUGACACGUGCACCACACACUCGGAUUACUCUGACAUUGGCAUGCUGUUGCAUUUUUGUCUUAAAUCUGAUUUCUGGAAACUGUUUUCCUGCAUUAUUGCGCAUCUUACAGUUGUCUGAAAGAUUUUAUUUUUUUUUUUAAACCCUGUUCUUUUUGGGACUCUGUUAUUUCCUGUAGCAUUUCUUUUUAAGAUGGCAUAUUGAGCCCCUGUUACACAGCCAGAACUGUAACCUUGUGAAGCUGUGAUUGUGGCUCAUGAUUUGAUGUGGACAAAGAUGAACUGUGUUGUGGAAAAGCAGCAGCAGCAGUUUCUCAGUGAGAUGAUGAAUAAUGAAAACUUGUUAGUUCUACAAAAAAUAUUUUUAAUAUACUACUGGAAGCAGACACUUUUUUUAAAAUAUGUGUACUGAAAUGGUGAAGCAGAUGAGUGUGUGAGAGAUUUUUUUCUACACAGGAUAAUUUGCGUUGCCCGGUCUUCAACUCACUGCUCUCCAUGUUCCUGUUAAAUAAAUCCUGUGCUCCCUCAGCAGAACUGGGAAUUGUCCACACAAAUUCUUGUCUGGCGAUGUUCUGCUCUACAAAAUGAAAGGGCUUCGUCCUCCCGGCGACUUCCGCUCUUAGUCCAAAUUUGUGUAAAGAGAAAAUAUGCAUAUCUCAAGAGAAACUUUCUGCAUUGGCAAUGCAGUGUCUCACAAAUGUGUUUUAGCAUUUAUAGUCAAAAAGAGUAAAGGGUGAAUGGAUGCUGUGAAGGAAUUGCAACAGCUCUGCUCUCUGUACAAUCUGGGAAUUCUCUCCUCUUCCUGUUGAAGCAUGACAAACUUUGAAAUGUGCAGUGAGAUGUUUGUAGUUCUGCUGCCUCAGCUCGCUUCUCUUAGAUGUGCUUUGUGACCAGUGCAAGAGGUGAUGUUGAGACUGUGCCAACAAGUUAAGCACAACUUUUCUUUUUUUUUUUCAUUAAAUGUCUCUACUUAAAGCCUGUUGAGAAAAUGAGCCUGACCCUUUCAAACCACCUAUAUUCUGUUCAACAUUACACUGAUGCAGUUUUCUUUUUUGGAUAGUAGUCAUAUUCUUUGUUGUUUGUAAUGCAAUGCUAUUAUACUGAUUAUAAACUAUUACAAAAUGAUGAUUGACAUUUUAAUUUCUUUAAAACCUUAUUUCAUUUUUAAGCAUUUUUCUAUGGAGUGUGCUAGUUUAUUUUGUUUCUCAGUUUAGAUUUGUAGAAGUACAAUGUGUUACUUCAUGUGAAUAUGGUAAAUUGAAAUUUUUCAUUAAAUUUUUUU